GAGGACACCUCCAGGGGCCAGGACGACGAGGAGUACCACGACUACAAGGACGGCGGCGGCCCCAGGGGCGGCGACGGCUACAAGGGCGGCGGCAAGGGCGGGGGCAAGAGCUGGGGCUCGGGGAAGGGCUACGAGGACCCGCCGCAGGUGGACCCCAACAGGUCCGUCUUCUUCAGGAACGUCCCCUUCGAGACCACGGAGAAGUUCCUGAGAGACAGGUUUGAAAGAGUCGGGGAGAUCAAGACUUUCAUGCUGUUCACCACGCCGGACGGGAAGUCCAAGGGGAUGGGCGUCGUCGAGUUCGGCAGCGCGAGCGAAGCGGAGCGCGCGUACAACGAGAUCCACAACACGUCAGUUAGUGGAAGGCCGAUCACCGUGGAUUACCACUAUACCCAGGUAUGA